AUGUCAGAUGAAAAGGGUUCAUUGGAAUAUCUCCCAAUCUAUUCAUUCCUCUUUCUGAAUGAAAAGGGGUCUAGUUUAUAUAAUGCUUAUGACCGAAAUGAAGUAGUUAAUAAAUUAGUUAUCAAAAUUGACCAAGAUGGUGAUCGAGCCCCGAAGUUUUCCGUUGCAGAUGAUAUUUCUGAAGUAUACGGCUUGCCUGAGAUUUAUGAAUAUAUUAAUGGUCAAAACCCUUUAAGAGCUGUGAUCGAUAUAGAUACUUUACAAGAAGAUAUGGUAGCAAAUGGAAUUAAGACACAAGAAGUAUUCAUUCGAAUCUGUUUAUCUUUCAUAAGAGCUUUGUAUCGAAUUCUUGAUUCUCUUCUUAUUGAUCAUCACGAACUCAAAGCAUUUACUGAAUUAGUAUAUACCAUAACCGAUAAUGGCUGGAAUGAACUUGAUCUUGCUAGGAUUCAACCGCCUUCUAGUUUAGGACUAAUAUUCACUAUCGAAGAAAAGGGUUCAGAAAACUUUGUAUAUUUUAACCGAAAAGCUCUACUAGAAUGUCCACUCUGCAAACGUAUACAUGACAAGGAUCAGCGGUGGUUCAGCCGUGUAUGCGCUAGUAGUGAAAAAAUUCAGCAAGAAAAUAAAAAAUCUCUACAACCCUCUCACAAGGUCAAGGUUCUGGGUUUCCCAAAAGCCUUCUUAAAAUUCCCAUCUUGGGUCAAGUAUAAUGAAACCCUUUCAGCAACAGAAACGUAUGAGGAAAGAUAUGUAAGACCAUUACCCAAUGAAGGUGAUAUUUAUGUAGGGUCUCCUUGGGAAACUGGAAAAACCUAUGUUCUUGAACAUCUCACUAUUUCUGAUGAUGUAAAUUUGCUUGUAUUAUCCACGCGUCACUCUUAUUCUAAUGCUGUUACUACAAGACUUAAUCUCAAAUCAUAUUGCGAUAUUGAUGGUAAUAUAAAUCUAUCUGAUCACAAGAGGGUAGUAUGUCAGAUAGAGAGCUUACAUCUAUCUAUAAUUGCUCAAACACAAAGUCGUCUGGCAGGUCAAUUGAUAGAAAAGUUAUAUAAAUUAAUCCAAGGGGCCAAGCAAAUGUCUUUAUUACCUUUUGAGAAUCGAACCAGUGCAUCACUCAUCUGCCACCUCAGAAAGGAUGUGCAAGGGAUUAUUCGUGCACUUAAGACUGAUUUUCUGAAAUUAUGGAUCAAGGAAUAUCAUGGUAAAUCUGAUCCAGUAGAAAAGGCCCAUGACUUCAGUAAUGUAGAAGAAUCAUGA